CACAGCCCAACCGCGCGAAAGGGGAAAACGGGGGAAGCAGGGGAGAGGCAAAAACCCUCGUCCGCCCACCACCACGGACCACCGCCGUCGCCGUCGCCGUCGCCGGCGAUCGACCUCGCGAGGAUGUCGGAGCAAACACAGGAGUUCUACGACGAAGUAUUUCACAAGGCUCAGGAGCUUUCUCGUAGAUGUUAUCAGAGGAUUCGUGAUAAGAAUAAAAAGCUUCGUUUGGAACUGAAGUGCAAGAUGUUUGAUCUUGACUUAGCAUCCAAGAAGCUGGAUGAACUAGCUUCACAAAGUAUCUCCCAAGAAAGGAAGUAUGAGGAAGAGAAAGAACAGAAGGAGAAACAAGUUGCUCUAUUAUUUCACAUGUUAGAGCAGGAACUGAAUGCCAAGCAGAAGCUUGAGUUGGAAACAAAGCAACUGCAGAGCAAAUUGGAAGCAGUGAAACCUAUGCAAGGUGAAGACUCUGAAUCAAAGAAGAAAAUGGCUGAACAGAGUGAGGAGCUGCAAGAAAAAUAUGACAGAGUGGAAUCAAUUGUUCGGACUUUGAUUACCAAGGAAAGACAAUCCAAUGAUGAGUUACAGCUUGCUCGGAAGGCACUGAUACGUGGCUUCCAGGAUCUUACAACUGGCCGAACAUCUAUAGGCAUCAAAAAGAUGGGCAUGCUUAACCUGGAAUCACUUGAAAAAGCUUUCAACCAGAGAUUGUCAGAACCUGCAGAAUCAAGUUAUCAUGCUGCCUUAUUUUGUGAAAAAUGGGAGAAUGAGAUAAGAAAUCCAAAAUGGCACCCUUUUCAAGCUAUCAUGGUUGAAGGAAAAGAAAUGGAAAUUCUCUGUGAGGACGACGAGAAGCUCCAGGCUCUGAAAGAAGAACACGGCGAGCAGAUCUGUGACUUGGUGACAAAGGCUCUGAUCGAAGUCAACAAACACAAUCCCAAUGGGCGCUAUCCUUUCAGCGAGCUGUGGAACUACAAGGAGGACCGGAAAGCGACCCUGGAAGAAGUCGUCGCUUACGUCCAGAACCAAUGGCGAGUGGACAGGAGCAAGCUCAAGAGAAAGCGCACCCAAGAAGAUGCUGGAAGUACUCAAGUGGAGGACAUCAGACGCUGAAUCUGCUGGGAGUACCUAAGUGGACAUGACGUUAUUUUGGCCCCUUAAUGGUCAGGUGGCUAGAUCAUUUCCAGUAAACCUAUAACUGUUUAGAUGCAGGAGUGGUGUGUAGCAUUUGACAUGAAUGCGUCCUACUCCAGUUAUCCUUGGCUUCGGCGGCAUCCUGGGGUUUAAAAUGAACGCACAUUUGCCUUUUGUUUGAUUUGGGAUUAGUUUCUGAAAUUUUUGUUGGAAACAUGCAUGCCUAACAAGUAAUGCCCGUUCUGGUUUCAAGUGGGAUUAGUUUGCUGGUA